UUGAACAAGGCCACCAGAACUGUCCUCCAAGCUACCUCUCUUUGGCUAAAACGCCACAACCAUGUCUUCUACUUCCUCCGCUUCCCCAGCCAUCAUCCAAUCUCAGAUCAUAGACAUCUAUCAUAGAAGACUUCUGCUGAUCCACACACCCCUCGAUAAACAGCCCAUUCAACUAAGACCACCUUUGACCGGUCCGGCUGGUUCUGAGCCGGAUUCCAGCAUGCCGGGAGGUAGCGUCGAUGCCAACAUCGUCCUGAUCCUCGCCGUCCUCCUAUGUGCUUUAAUUGGCGUGCUGGGACUCAAGUCUGUCAUCCGGUGUGCACUCCGGUGCUCGGUCGAGCCCGAGGCGAAUCCGAUGAUGGCCCGGUUCACUCAGAUCGGGAUCAGGAGGAAGGCACUCCGGGCCCUGCCCACCCUGGUCUACUCGGCCGCUCCCGGGCUCCAUCGAGCUAACCCAGAGUGCGCCAUCUGUCUCUCGGAUUUUGUGCCUGGGGAUCGGGUUCGCGUCCUACCCAAGUGCGAUCAUGGGUUCCAUGCCAGGUGCAUCGAUCGGUGGCUCAUGACUCGGUCAUCGUGCCCGACCUGCCGGCGAUGUUUGUUUGGUUCGAGCCCAAAGACCUCCGAUUGCGCCGAGGUGAACCACCCAGGUCCGGUGCCAGUUCAGCCAAUUCUGGUACCGUUGGAACCAGAAGGUUUAAUUGCUCGCUAUGAAUCAUAGCAAGGGAAUUAUAAGUUAGGGUCUAAAUUUUUUUGAGCAAAUCAGUGCUGUUAAAUACUAGAAUUUACUUCAGUGUUCCAAACGUAUGUAAAUUGUAUAUGUUCAUCAAAAGAGUAUAUGUAAAGAGAGAAGUGUGGUGUUAGAUGAUUUGCAACUUGGGCUCUUAUUU